UGGAUGAUAACUUCCCACACUGCAUGAUAUGGAAAGUAUUGAUAUGGAUUAAAGGUGCAAUUUUCUCUCACAACCUUACUAUUUUGGUCAACAGAGUGCUGAGAAAAUGUAUUUUUAACAUUUUUAUAGAAUGAUAAAAUUUCUGGUCCCAGGGUACUUGGGGGAAAUUAUUCAGCCUGAGCACUCGUGAUUUCAGCAAUUUGAUGCAGAUGCCACCACAGUUACUAAAAGCUUUUACAGGUUGGGAAGAAUCAGCCGCCACUUCAAACCACCCUUUUUUUGGGAGUUGAUGAAACUGACAAGUGAUGCACCAUUUAUGGUAACCCAGAUAAAUAGUGAAAAGUUCUUUUUUAAAGGACAAGAAGUUAACUUCCUUGAUCGUAAAAUUAAUAAACUGAAUACACUGGAUAUCUUAGAGAAUGUUUAAUAGUGAUAAUGCUAAUUUUAGCUGUAUAUGCAAUUUAGGAGCUAGAUGUAAUUUGAACUUCUCCCAUUAUUGGAUUUGACUUAUUCUUGUCACAUUUGGAACUAAGAAAAUUGUUACUAUUCUGAAUUGAUCAUUUGUGUAAUAAAGAUAUUUAUCUUUUUCUUAGCUAUAUUUCAAAUAUUUUGGAUUUACCAUCAAUUUGGGAUUUGGGUUCUGACUAAAAGAAUUUGGAAUAUUUCAUCAGAUUUGGAAUCUGAUUUGAAAUAACGGAAUGUAAAAAAUUUUAAAAGCCUUUUUUAAAACAAAGAUUUUCUAGUAAUGUUGCCAAACUUAGGUAGUUAAUGUUUUUGGUGCAAUAAUUAUUUUAUUAUAUUUUUCAGGGGGUUUUCCACUGUCAUUUGUAAUGCUUUCUUGAUUGGUAUGGCUAAAAUUAAUAUCUACUAUUAUCUUUUGGAACUCUAGGAUCAUUGGUAGGUCAAGGAAGGCCAAAUCUUGUCCCUUUUUUCACAAGAAGAAAAAAGGCUUAGGAAUUAGUCAUUUAGUAAAAACCUGGGAAAAUUUUACAGGAAAUUGCAAAACAAUUUAUACAUCUUGAAAAAACACUAAAAGUCAGCGCCCAUUUGUACAGAAGCAGUCAGGGAAAUUUCGGGGAAUUUCCUUUCUAAAAUUGUAGACGGCAAAUAAUUUAGCACGCGGCGGAUCCCUACAAGGAGGGAUCUUGCAAGGAGCCUCGAGUAUAAGAGCACUCUAUCCUUCAACUCAUGCACAGGCUUCGUGCGAAGGGGGGGCACGGGCCAAUGAGCGCAGAGCUUGCACCACUCCGCGAAUCAGAAUUCACGACAGCCGCGUCGGCCCACCUUUUGCCAAUACCGGUCCGUCGAUUGCGUCAGUUUUCCCCUCCGCCAAUAGCCGAGUUCCUCGCUGUCGUCAUCGCCUGCGCAAGAGCCGCCACCGUUUCAGCCAAUGGGGCGAGCGGGGCGGGGCCGGAGUUUUUAUAAGGGGCGCUUCGAGGGCUUUUUUCCGCUUUCCCCUUUGAGCCGCCGCUGCGCUGCCUGCUCCUGCUCGUCCUCCGCAUCGUUCUGGCGGCUAUGGCGCCUCUGGGUUACCCGCGCUUGCUCCUCCGAGCCUCGGCCCGGGCCGCCUGGGGAGGGGGCGGCUGCGACGGCUGCGGCUGCCGACAUCUGCCGAGGGCUGCGCGGCGGCUGCACCUGACGGCCCCCAGGGACGAAGCAGUUGUCAUCUCUGGACAGAAACUGGCCCGGCAGAUUAGGCGGGAAGCCUGUCACGAAGUAGAACAAUGGGUUGCUGCUGGCCACAAGAGGCCCCAUCUCAGCGUAGUUCUAGUGGGAGAAAAUCCUGCCAGCCAUUCCUAUGUGCUGAACAAGACCCGAGCAGCCGCUGACGUGGGAAUUAGUAGUGAGACCAUUCUGAAACCGGCCUCUGUCACAGAAGAGGAGCUGCUUGAUUUAAUUGUCAAAUUAAAUCACGAUACCAAUGUUGAUGGCUUGCUUGUGCAGCUUCCUUUACCAGAGCAUAUUGACGAGCGAAAGAUCUGCAACGCUGUGAACCCUGAAAAGGAUGUGGAUGGAUUCCACGUGGUGAAUGUAGGCCGCAUGUGCUUGGACCAAUAUUCCAUGUUGCCUGCCACACCUUGGGGCGUGUGGGAAAUCAUCAAGAGGACAGGGAUUCCAACCCUGGGCAAGAACGUGGUGGUGGCCGGGCGAUCCAAGAACGUUGGCAUGCCCAUCGCAAUGCUUCUCCACACAGAUGGACGGCACGAGCGCCCAGGAGGGGAUGCAACAGUAACAAUUUCUCACCGCUAUACUCCAAAAGAGCAGCUCAAACAGCACACCAUCCUUGCUGAUAUUGUGGUUGCAGCCGCAGCUGAUAUGAUCAAAGAAGGAGCUGCUGUAAUUGAUGUUGGCAUAAACAGAAUCCAGGAUCCUGUCACUGCCAAGCCAAAACUUGUUGGAGAUGUGGAUUUUGAAGGAGUCAAGCAGAAAGCCAGUUACAUCACGCCAGUUCCUGGGGGGGUUGGCCCCAUGACUGUUGCUAUGCUUAUGAAAAACACCAUUAUUGCUGCCAAGAAAAUGCUGAGAGCCCAGCAUCUUGAAACCUUUAGUGCUUGAUGAUGGACUUCUUGUGGCCAAAAGUGACAUUCCAGAUUGCCUCCCUAGAAGCAAUGCCGUAUUUAUUUAUUCGAUGAAAUGUUUUGGCCAGCUGCUCUGCAAUAUUUAUAUAAAGCAAUUUUCCUCUCAGGCAGAGUAGCUCCUGUCAGUUGUACACAUGAUUCCUACCUUUUAAACUGCUAUUCUGAAAUACAGAAAACGAGAUCACAACUUGAAUGGGAAAGUUGAUUCCUCACUCUUAGGCAGUCUGAAAGAGUAACAAAGGGCCAAAAUGUGUUUUUAUAGUAGAAAUAUAUACACUUGAACUGACUAACCUUGGCUGAACCCAGGAUAUAAAUUAUUUGUUAGGAUUAUAUUGCAGCUAAUCUGGAGUCAAAAGUUACUAUUUUCUACAAAGCCAUAUUUAUAUUUAAUAAUGCUUAGCAAAUCAGUUGAUAGCCUAUUCAAUACUCAGUUUUUUCCUGUUUUAAAGGAAGAAUUGGCUUGAAAGCUAGGCGACGCUUAGACAAAAUAAGGUGAGCUCUCCAUGCUUAUUCCAACUUGCUUGUGUUUAUCUGAGCAAGGAGUAAUAUUGCUGGAUGUAUCUGAAUAAAAAUAAUUGUUACUUGCUUGUAAA